AUGCCGGCCGUUCGCCGCCACGGUCGCGGCGUCCACCGCCGUCCGGUCCGGUACCGUCGUCCAGUGGUAGCCAUAGACGAGUCCACGGUGGUAGUGUCAUCAACAAUCGGUGCAGGAAAAGUUAUAGUAGCAGUAGCAGGAGGGGCCAUAAGAGCAGGAUUAGGUACCGUGGAUGUGCUCUGCUCUGCGACCGAGUUCGGCCCGAUCGUUGUGUGA